UGAAACGCGCUUCUGGGUAGGAACUGGGAAGGCGAAGGUUCCAUCACAUUGCUGCUUGCUGCGCCUCGCCUCCCCUCUCGGAGCCAGCGAUAUGUACUGCGCGGUGUGCUAUUGGGUCUCGUGCAGCCCUGUCUUCAGCUCCCAUCUCCAGCGUCUUGCCGUCAAGAGUUCAAGAGGUCCACUCGCAUCCACUCAGGCCGGGCGUCGUUGCGAUAAGGCGUCGCUAGAGGAACCGACCGGCAGAUCCACGUGCUACGCCUUCAGGUUAAAUCGACAUCCGACCUGCACGCAUGGGGCCAUUGGAUGAGUCUAGAACUCGGAAAAUCUCAAAGUCGUACACAGUAUAACAGUAGCGACAAGGUACUUGUAGACGUACGUCCAAAGUGCAGUUGUGUAGCUUUUUGUCCGUCUC